AUGUCCAAACAACCAACAACAUCAUCCACUCUCUCAGUGGGACUCUUCCCAUAUCUUCCUUUGGGUGUUUUAGAAAAGAUCAAACAAGCCUUCCCAACUCAAAUUUCGGGAUAUCAAGUCAAUUUUGUUGACUUUAAUUGUUAUCAAGAUGAGGACUUGGGAAGCCUUCCUGAUGUUGCGUGUGUCGAUACUACUCUUCUUCCUUUCUUGGUUUCAAAAGGAGGAGUAAAGGCAUUGGAUGCUGAAAUGGUGAAGGAUGUUGCUGGUGAGACUUUUGCAUUCGUUACUGAAAGUGCCAAGGUCAAUCAACAAUUCUACGGUUUCCCACAAUAUUUGUGUGCUAACUUUUUGGUGUCAUCUCCUUCAGUGGCUUCCCAACAAGUUUCGUCAUUGUUGCAACUGGCUCAACAAGUCGGUUAUGAAAAGAUCGUUUUCCCUGGCAUUACAUCAGCAGAUGCAUAUACUGUCCUUUCUUUGUACGAGCAAUUUGUGCAAUCAUCCACAUCUUCAAUUAUUGAUUUGAAACAUGAUGAUCUUCCACAAAAAGCAGAGCAAGUAGAUAGACAAGCAUGUGAAAAGCACCGAACAAUUUUGAACUCUUCAAUCAUUGCCUCCGAGGCAGAAUUUGUUGCUUCAGUUAAACAACACAAACCUUUGGCUGAUUAUUAUGUUGGAUACAGCGAGAGCUUGAGCGAAAUCAAGUCAAUUCUUGAGAAGGAUAAUUACAAGAUUCAACUUGUUGGUGCUAGAGAUAAACCAUUCGCCUAUACUGACGUUUUGGUUUUGAAUGCUAAUUUGUGUGAUGAAAAGCAAAAAGUUGCUGUUGAAGCUGUUCGUACCUUGUUGACAUGUCCAACAAUUUUACAAAUUUUGUCUGAGGGUUUGACUCUUCCUGCUAACAAGAACAGUAUUGAGAAAUUGGCUCAAUCAUCACCAAUUUACAAACAAUUAUUGGAACAAUUUAGCACUUUAGAUGUCAAGGUUUUGAGAAACGUUGAUUUUGGAUCAAGCACUGUCAAGACAACGGCUAAGGUUCUUAGACCAUACCUCCAACACAUUGCUGUUGCUACAUUACGUUGUUUGACAGCUGAUACAGUUGAAAAAGCAAAGAGUGGACACCCAGGUAUGCCAAUCGGAAUGAGUCCAAUUGCAUAUGUUUUGUGGAAAUUCUUCUUUAAAUCAUCCAAAGAUGAUGUAAAUUGGAUCAACAGAGAUCGCUUUGUUUUGAGCAAUGGUCACGGCUGCUCUUUACUUUAUGCAAUGUUACAUAUGACUGAUUACAACAUGACACUUGAUGAUCUCAAGAAAUUCAGAACUUUGCAUUCAAAGACUCCAGGUCACCCUGAAUUUGGUCACACUGAAGGUGUUGAUGCAACUACUGGUCCAUUGGGUCAAGGUAUUUGUAACGCUGUUGGUAUGGCCCUUGCUGAAGCUCACUUGGCUGCUCGUUUCAAUAAGGAUCAACUCUCACUCUUUGAUCAUUAUACCUAUGUCUUUUGUGGAGAUGGUUGUUUGAUGGAAGGUGUUGUUACUGAAGGCAUGUCAUUCGCUGGACAUCAAAAAUUGAACAAAUUGAUUGUCUUUUACGACGACAACAAUAUCACAAUUGAUGGUAACACUAAUUUGACCUUCACUCAAGACACACCAGCCGUUGUUAAAGGUUUAGGAUGGCAUGUUAUUACUGUCCAUGAUGCUGACAAUGAUUUGCUCUCUAUUAAGAAGGCUAUCGAAGAAGCUCACACAAUCACUGACAAGCCAAUCAUGAUCAUUUGUAAGACCACAAUUGGUUAUGCUACAAAGAUGCAAGGAACUGCUAAGGUUCAUGGUUCUCCACUCGGUGCUGACGCCUUGAAAAAUUUGAAAGAAAUUUGUGGAUUCAACGGAGAUCAAUCAUUCAUUGUUCCAGAAAUUGUUAGACAAGAUUUUGCCCCCAUUAUUACCAGAAACAAACAACGUCUUGAUCAAUGGAACUCAUUGAAACAACAAUAUGAGCAACAAUACACUGCAGAGGCUCAACAACUUCAAAGAAUGAUUUCUCAUCAAUUGGAAGGAGAUAUCUUGACCAAGUUACCUCAAUAUAAUGAAGAAAAGAAGAUUGCAACCAGAUCCACCUCACAACAAGUUUUGAACGCAAUUUAUUCGCUCAUUCCUUCUCUUGUUGGUGGUUCUGCUGAUUUAACUCCAUCUAACUUGACCGACGUGAGCGGCUGUAAGGAUAUGCAACCUGAAGACAGAACAGGAAGAUAUAUCAGAUUUGGUGUUCGUGAACAUGCUAUGGUUGCAAUUGCUAACGGUAUUCUCUACCAUGGUAUUCUUAGAACCUAUGUUGGUACUUUCUUGAACUUUGCUUCGUACGCUUUGGGUGCUCUUAGAUUGAGCGCUUUGUCACAGCUUCCAAACAUCUUUAUUUUCACUCAUGACAGUAUUGGACUUGGUCAAGACGGUCCAACUCAUCAACCUGUGGAAGUUCUUCCAUUGUUGAGAUCCAUUCCAAACCAUACCGUUAUCAGACCUGCUGAUGGAAGAGAAACAAGUGGCGCUUAUUUGUAUGCUAUUCAAUCUACAAAGACUCCAACUUCUUUAAUUCUUUCUCGUCAAGAUUUGCCACAAUUGAAGGGUACUGAUAUCCAAAAGACACUUCUAGGUGCUUACACCAUUCAAAGCCAUGAAAAUCCAGAUGUUAUUUUGGUUGGAACAGGCUCUGAGGUUUCACUUGUUGUUGAAGCUGCUCGUUUAUUGUCAUCAGACCUUAAAGUCAACGUUGUCAGUAUGCCAAGUUGGGAGUUAUUCGUCAAGCAACCUCUCGAAUACAGAAAAUCUGUUUUCCCAGAAGGUAUUCCAGUUGUGAGUGCUGAAGCUUCAUCGACAUUUGGUUGGACCAGUUUUUCUCACUAUUGUGUUGGUAUGACCACUUUUGGUGCUAGUGCUGCUGCUGAGGAAGUUUACAAGUAUCUCAAUAUCACUGCUGACAAUGUUGCUGAUAAGGCAAGAAAGUUGGUUAACAAGUAUGGUAAGAACGCACCAAGACUUCCACUUUCCGUUGUUGGACAAGAAGAGCUCUGA